AUGGCUGAUCCUUCUUCUGAGAAACAACCAUCAUCACCACCAACCAAAAUGGUCGCGGCUAAUCUCACCGUGGUCUUCAACACUCUCAUCACUGGGCUACAUAUCCUCCAUUACAAUGGCGUCCUAGAUGCAUAUGGCCAUGUGUCUGUUCGCAACCCAAAUAAUGGCUCGAACUUCUUCAUGUCUCGCAAUCUUGCUCCUGCCUUGGUCGCCAAUAGCAGCGACUUGGUCGAAUAUUAUGUCGACGACGCCGCUCCAAUCGAUCCGAAUGCUCCUGGUGGAUUUAUUGAAAGAUACAUUCACAGCGAGCUGUACAAACGCUUCCCCGGGAUCAACAGUGUUGUCCACAGCCACUCGCCGCAGGUCGUUCCAUACACCUUCAGCGGUGUCCCAUUGCGCCCAUCGAUACACAUGGCUGGCUUUUUAGGCGACGUCAUUCCGAAUUUUGACAUUACCCAACACUACGAGACAGGCGACAAGCAGGACCUUCUCAUCCGUUCACAACGUCUUGGAGCCGCGCUUGCAGCCGAAUUUUCAACGAACCAUACCUUGCCAAAUGCGACACAAACUGAAGCCGAUUACGCCGUGGUCUUGAUGCAAAACCAUGGAUUCACGACCGUAGCAUCGAGCAUCAAACUCGCAGUCAUGCAAGCGAUGUACACGCAAACUAAUGCAGGAAUCCAGACGACAGCCCUGACCAUCCAGAACGCGUAUCCCAACAACAACCAACAAGAAUUAUCGUUCCUGACGACGCAACAGACGGUCGAUUCGUGGACAACAAUGGCUGGCACCUCAGACCGACCUUGGGGCCUCUGGAGUCACCAAGUGCGCUCCUCCAACCUGUACCAGAAUCUGUUGGAUCCAAACCAGACGCAGCCUGCUUCACCUCUGCUCUAG